AUGGCCCAGCCGAGUGCCUCCACGAACUUGGUCGAAAAACCCCUGGCCAAUUCUUCCAAGGUCAAGACCCCCGCCAAAACUUCACAGAUCGUCGCGAAGAAACUCAAGAAGACCAGCUACAAAUCCGACGGCGUUCAAGACCACGAUGUCUUCCUUCUCCCCAUCUCCGACUACCAGAUUAUGCUGGUCCUUACCGUGCUUGCCGUCAUUGUGCGCCUCUUCCGCAUCUAUCAGCCCUCGAGCGUAGUCUUCGACGAAGUCCAUUUCGGUGGCUUCGCUUCGAAAUACAUAAAGGGAAAGUUCUUCAUGGACGUCCACCCUCCCCUGGCCAAGAUGCUGAUCGCCUUGACCGGAUGGCUUGCCGGCUUUGACGGCAACUUCGACUUCAAGGAGAUCGGCAAGGAUUAUAUCGAGCCUGGCGUCCCAUAUGUUGCCAUGCGCAUGUUCCCUGCUGUCUGUGGCAUUUUGCUAGCUCCCAUGAUGUUCCUGACCCUGAAGGCAACCGGAUGCCGCACUACAACUGCCGCUCUGGGCUCGGCUCUCAUCAUAUUUGAGAACGGCCUCCUGACCCAGGCCCGCCUGAUCCUGCUCGACUCGCCGCUUAUGGCCACUGUUGCCUUCACCGCUCUCGCCUUCAACUCCUUCGCAAACCAACACGAACAAGGUCCGGAGAAGGCCUUCCAACUGAGCUGGUGGUUCUGGCUGGCUAUGACUGGCCUGGGCAUGGGCGCGACCGUCAGCAUCAAAUGGGUCGGUCUUUUCACUGUCGCUUGGGUUGGCAGCUUGACGCUGGUGCAGCUUUGGGUUCUGCUUGGCGACACCAAGACCGUGACUCUGCGCGUCUGGGCAAAGCAUUUCAUGGCCCGCGUUUUCUGCCUCAUCGUCAUUCCUGCCACUUUCUAUCUGGCCAUGUUCGCCAUUCACUUCGUCUGCCUGGUGAACCCCGGCGACGGCGACGGUUUCAUGAGCUCCGAGUUUCAGUCCACCCUCAACAACAAGGGAAUGAAAGAUGUCGCCGCCGACGUUGUCAUGGGCAGUCGCGUCUCCAUCAGACAUGUCAAUACCCAGGGCGGUUAUCUGCACUCUCACCCCCUGAUGUACCCCACCGGCAGCAAACAACAACAGAUCACCCUCUAUCCUCACAAGGACGAGAACAACAUAUGGUUCAUCCAGAAUCAAACCCAACCUCUCGACGUCGACGGCCAGCCAGUCAACGGGACCCAUGCCUGGGACAGCCUGCCCGAACCCGCCUACGUCAAGGACGGGAGCGUCAUCCGUCUGUACCAUAAGCAGACCCAUCGCCGCGUCCAUUCUCACGACGUUCGUCCUCCCGUCACCGAGGCGGAUUGGCAAAAUGAAGUAUCGGCCUACGGCUUCGAGGGCUUCGAGGGCGACGCCAACGAUUUCUUCCGUGUCGAGAUCGUCAAGCAGAAGUCGCUGACCCCCGUUGCCAAAGAGCGCGUCCGGACCAUCGAGACCAAGUUCCGCCUCGUACAUCUCAUGACUGGAUGCGCCCUGUUCUCUCACAAGGUCAAGCUCCCCGAGUGGGCUUCCGAGCAGCAGGAGGUGACCUGUGCCCGCGGUGGCACCCUGCCCAACAGCCUCUGGUAUGUGGAGUACAAUGAGCAUCCUCUGCUCGGCGAGAACGCAGAGAAGGUCAACUACCGCCGCCCCGGCUUCUUCGCCAAGUUCCUCGAGCUGCACAAGGUCAUGUGGAAGACGAAUGCUGGUCUGACCGAUUCGCACGCCUGGGACUCGCGUCCCGAGUCCUGGCCCAUUCUCCGACGUGGCAUCAACUUCUGGGGCAAGCAGCACCGCCAGAUUUACCUGCUCGGCAAUCCCGUUGUCUGGUGGAGCUCGACGGCAGCCGUCGCCGUCUACGUCCUCUUCAAGGCUAUCGCGAUCCUCCGCUGGCAACGCAAUUGCGGUGACUACGCCAACAGCACCUUCAAGCGCUUCGAUUACGAGGUGGGAUCGUCCGUUCUGGGCUGGGCCUUCCACUACUUCCCGUUCUACUUGAUGGCCCGGCAGCUCUUCCUACACCACUACUUCCCGGCUCUCUACUUCGCCGUCAUCGCCUUUUGCCAAAUCUUUGACUUUGUCACCGCGCGAUUCUCUCUUUUCGGUGGCCGGAACAAUCCCAUCUUCAACCGAGCAUCUGCCGUUGCCUUCUUGGCUCUUACUGUCGUGGUUUUUGUCCUCUUCGCACCCUUGGCAUACGGCAAUGUCUGGACCAAGGCCGAAUGCAAGCGCCUGAAGCUCUUCAGCACAUGGGACUUUGACUGCAAUACUUUCCACACUGAUUAUUCGCAGUAUUUGCAGACUUCGAACUCAACUACCGCCGCGGAGAAGACGCAAGCCAAGUCGACCGAGUCUAAGACGAAUACACCCAAGGCACCGAAAGUACCUAAAGCUCCCAAAGCUCCCGAACCACCCAAAGCACCCGAACCCCCCAAGGCGCCCAAGGUGCCAGUCAACAACCAGGAGGCCCAGGUACCCCUCGCCAAUGGCAAUGAGGAAGAGGCUAUCUCAGGCGCCCCUGAGGCACCAAGCCAGCGCAUCGUCGGGCGGGAAGAAAGGAUUGAGUACCGGGAUCAAAACGGCAACCUGCUCGACCCCGAGCAGGUGAAGGCCCUGGAGGGCAAGGUGGAGUUCAAGACGAAGUAUGAGACGCGGACUCGUGUUGUGGAUGAAUAUGGAAAUUCCGUUCCAUUACCUCCCGAUGAGCAGCAGGAGGACCAGGGCGUCGCACCCCCGCACCCGGACGUUCAGGGCGUCGACCAGGAGACCAAAAAGAACGUGCCGGCCGAUGACUCGCCGAUCCCUGAAGCCGUGGAGAGUGUCAAGGGCGAACGCGAGGCAGAGCAACAGAAACCCAAACCCGCCAGCGAUGGGAAUGAUGCUACCGCUCAGGAAGAGUGA